UCCAAUACUCUUACUUCUUUUUAAUAGUCAUAUUAAUAUUGAAAUAGUUUCGAGUAUACGCUCUGUAAAAUAUAUAUAUAUAAAUACAUUUAUGAAGGUCACGAUGCUGCGUCUGUAAUUAUUAAAGAAAACGUAGAUAAAACGAUAAUACAUGACGAAAUUGAAGACUUUAUUGAAGCUCGUUAUGUCGGACCGGUGGAAGCAAGUUGGCGCAUUUUAAGCAAACCUUUACAAGAAACAAGUCAUGCAAUAUUUCGUUUACCGAUUCAUUUACCAAACGAACAUAGUAUAAUAAUUGAUGAUAAUAUUAAUAAUGAUACGAUAAGAUCUGCUGCAGAACGAGUAACAAUGUUGUUAGAUUAUUUUGAAUUAAAUGCUCGAGAUGAGGAAGCAAAACAAUAUUUAUAUAGUGAUAUUCCAUUUCAUUAUGUAUUUAAAAAAGUUACAAUUAACGGAAAAAUCAUUAAUCGCUGGGAAAAACGUCAAAGAUAUUUUAAUCGUAUUGGUCGUAUGUAUUCUGUCAGUCCGUCUCAGAUAGAAUUGUUUCAUUUACGUGUACUUUUACUACAUGUUAAAGGAGCAACGAAUUUUCAAAAAUUAAGAACAGUUAAUAACGAAAUACAUCCAACUUUCGUCGCCGCAUGUUUAGCAUUAGGACUUAUAGAAGAUGAUGACGAAUGGUAUCGUGCUAUGAACGAAGCAAAAGUUUGGAUGAUGCCAAGACGACUUCGUAAUUUAUUCGUACGAAUUUUAAUUCACUGUCAACCAAUCCAUCCAAAAAAUUUAUGGGACGAAUUUAAAAAAGAUAUGUCCGAAGAUUAUAUAAGACAUCAUGGACUCACAAUAGGAAUUAAAAAAGCUUAUAAGUAUAUUGUUAAUUUGCUUCAAGCGGAAGGAUCGAAUAUUGUUAAUUUUCCUGAAAUGGAACAAGUAAUAGAAGAACAAGAAAUAGAUGAUGAAGAACAAAUUCAAGAAGAUUUAUCAAUAGGUGUGCGACAAUAUGGACAAUUAAAUAUAGAGCAAAAAGAAAUUGUUGAUAUUAUUUUAGCAGCAACAACAGCUAAUAAUAAUAAUGAUACUUGUUUUUAUAUCGAUGGGCCAGGUGGUUCUGGUAAAACUUUUAUUUAUACGACUUUAUAUUAUCUACUUAAAAACAAAAAAAAAGUAGUAAAUACUAUGGCAUUUACUGGUAUUGCUGCAACAUUACUUCCAAAUGGAAGAACGGUACAUAAAGUUUUUGGAUUACCUGUACCUCUUUUUAAUGAUUCUACAUCAAAUAUUAAGGUGCAAUCUAAAGAAGCUGAUAUAUUAAAACUUGUGGAUGUUUUUAUUUUGGACGAAGCUCCUAUGGCGCCACGUUAUGUAUUAGAAAUAAUGGAUCGAACAUUACGUGAUAUAAUGCAAAAUGAUUUAUAUUUUGGUGGAAAAAUUGUGCUUCUCGGUGGAGAUUUUAGACAAUUAUUACCUGUAAAAGAAAGAGCUACACGUUGUGAAAUUAUAAAUUUAUCUAUAAAAUUUAGUACCUUAUGGAAACAAUUCAAGAUAUUUUCAUUAACGGAAAAUAUAAGAGUUUUACCGCAGGAAAGAGAAUUUGCACAAUUUUUAUUAGAUUUAGGUAAUGGUAUUUUAAACGAUCAAUCAGAUAAUAUUCAAAUUCCAGAAAGAUGUAUAGCAAAUGUUAAUUCGGAUAUGAUAAAAGAAACGUAUGGGGACAUUAUAACUCAUAAACGAUAUAAAUCUAUUGCUAAUCAUGUUAUAUUGUCUGCAAGAAAUAUUGAUGUUAACGAAAUAAAUGAAAAAGUAGUAGAUUUAUUAGAUGCAACGACAGAGAGAGUUUAUACAAGUGUAGAUACUCCUGAAACUACUGGUGAUAACAAGGAUAUAUAUGAAGUAAUUUUGACAGAAUAUCUUAACUCUUUAAAUCCAACAUGCCUUCCACCACAUGAAUUACGCUUGAGAAAGUAUUCAGUUAUUAUGCUUAUUAGAAAUCUCAAUAUUAGUGAAGGUUUGUGUAAUGGUACUAGACUGUUAGUUUUAGAUAUGGAUAAUAAUUUAUUACGAUGUGAAAUUAUAUCAGGUAAUAAGAUUGGAGAGAUUAUUUUUCUUAAUCGUAUUACUUUAUACUGUGAAAAUAUAUAUCCGUUUACUUUCAAAAGAAGACAGUUUCCAGUAAAACUAGCAUUUGCUAUGACUAUUAAUAAAUCACAAGGACAGACUUUCGAAAAAGUUGCAGUGGAUCUUCGUAAAGAUGUUUUCAAUCAUGGACAACUAUACGUUGCAUUAUCACGAGUACGUUCUUGGGAUUCGUUGAAAGUUUAUGUUGAGGAUAAUAAUCAGUCUAAUAAAGUAAAAAAUUACGUUUAUAAAGAAAUCCUUGAUUAAUAAAACGUAACGAAAAAUGAAUAAAGGUCAAUAUUUAAUUGUAUCUAUACAUGUUAUACAUGUUGUGUUUAUACAUGUGUUUUUUUUUAUUAGAUUGACAAAUAAUCUAUUAUAAUUAUUUUUCAUACUAACAA